UUGGCCUUCCUCAGACUGCUGCUGCUGCCGUGGCUGCAACCUCAGGCUCCAAGGGGCCUGAAGAGUUUGCUACAGUCCCUGUAGCAGCGGUAGCAGGCGUGGAGGGAGAAGGAGUGGGAGAUGUGGGAGUAGCAGGAGUACCAGAAGGAGCAGGGGGAGUGGGAGGAACAGGAGGAGUGGAUGAAGCUGUAGGUUUGGGAAGAACAGGAGGAGCAGAGUCAGGAGCAGGAGGAGCAACAGGAGCAGGAAGCCUCGCAGAGGCAUGUGGUGGUGGUGGUAGUGCUACUGCUAGUAUUGCGGCUGCUGGUGUGGGUUCACGCGCUUUCUGGGGUGGGUUUGGCAGCUUCAGCGAUGGCGCUAUGGGUGCUGCUGCUGCAGGAAGUGCCCUUCCGGCUGAUGAAGAGCAUGAGUUUCAAUCCUAUGACCUUACUGCACCAGAAAACGCCUUCCCCACGCUUCUGCCCGUCCCUGAAAUGCCUGGCCCAGAAAUGCAUGCCCUAGCAGUGCCUGCACCAGCAGUGCCCGCCCUAGCAGUGCCUGUGGCAGAGUCUUUGUCCCUUUCUACACCCACAGCGUCCGCUGCUGUGGACGUCCCUCCGUCGCUCAACUCUCCCGGCCAGGGAGGCAGCCUCGGGCGAGGCUCGGCACAGAUCCGGAAGCUGAGCAGCAGCAGCUUCGGCGGUAGGGCGCGCUUUGCUGCGGGUGCUCCUGGUGCUUCUGCGGCAGGUGCGGGGAACCUGAAUGGAAUAGGGCUGGGCUGGCCGGGUCUAGCCAGCCGGCCUCAGUUUGCUUCUCUCUCCGGUGCGUCCCGGCUGGGUCUUAUCCGGUCCAUGUCAGCCGUACAGAGCUAUGCAGCGGCCUCCUCCCUCUCUGUUCUCUGCCAACCCACCAUGCUCUCUGGAAUAGGCUAUGACCACCAGCCUAGUGUGCUGGCCGGUAUGGGUGGUAUGGGGUAUGAUCAGUCCAGUGUGCUGUCUGGAUUCGGGCCUAGUAGCUUGAGCCACGAAACCAUCUUGGAAGCUCCGCACAUGUCGACGCAAAUGUCGCCGCGUGGUUCACCUGGGAUGUCACCUGGCAUGUCACCUGGGGUGUCACCUGGCGUUUCACCUGGCGUGCUGUCUGGAAUGCUGUUUGCGAUCGGGUCUGAGCCGAUACCAGAAGCGUAUAAGGUGUCACCUGGGCGUGGGAAUGUUCCUAGAAAGCUCCCUGGCGGAGGUAGUGGUAGGUACGACCUUCGGGGGAGCGGGAGGAGCAGCAGUGGCAGCCCAAGUCUUGCUGGUGGUAGCAGAAAGUACGACCUGCAGGGAGGAGGGGGGAGCAGGAGUGGGAGUCUCCCUGGUGGUGGUAGUAAGUAUGACUUGCGUGGAGGAGGGGGGAGUAGCAGUGGGAGGAGAAGGACCAUGGGACUGCAUGUGCGGAGGGGAAGCGCUGGUAGUGCCAGUGGAUUAGGAAUGCAUGAGAGCAGCAUGGGCAUGGGCAUGGGCAUGGGCAUGGGCAUGGGCAUGGGCAUGGGGAUGGGGCUGGGUGGUUCCACUGGUAAUCUGCAUGCUCCUUCGCCUUACUCUACUAGUGCCCACGCCAUGUCACCUGCCCAUGCCUCGUCACCUGCCCAUGCCACGUCACCUGCUCAUGCCACGUCACCUGCCCUAGCCAUAUCACCAACCCAAGCCCCGUCGCCUCACUCCCAGCCAGUGGCUUACCACAGGAGAGGGGCAGAGAACACAGAGUCAACAUUCUCACAGCCACCAGCAUUCCUCAAAGGCAGCACCGUACUCUACUCCACCAGCAACCAUCCCACCCACUCCAACCACUCCUCCUUCUCCUCCCAGCAAGCAGCAGCAAGCUCUCUCAGGCCGGGACUAGCAGCGGAAAGCUCAGCAGCAGCAGCAGCAGCUCCACCCGCUUUUGUGUCCUCGCCUCACUCGCACGCAGCAGGCUACCUGCGAGGCUUUCACAGAAUGGCCCGUACCAAUUCCAGCUCCAAAUCCGCUCUUCUAGACGCAUCCAAAGGCAUGUCUCACACCAGCUCUGUUUCUCUUGACGCUCCCAGCAAAGGCACGGCCCGCACCAGCUCCAACGCCCCUGAUGCACCCGAAAGCAUGGCUCGCACCACCUCUGCUUCUCUCGAUGCGUCCAACAAAGGGAUGCCCAAUGUUGGCCUGAUUGCCAGGAGCAUGCCUCGCACAAGCUCAGCCCCUCUAGACGCCCCUCGUGUGGUUCCCAUGCCCAGAAGGUCGCUCCAGCACCAUUCAGCCAGGUACUCUGUGGCUGGGGCGAAUGGAACGAGUGGAAUGGUUGCUCUUGACGCGCCUCAGAAACACCAUUCUGCCAGGUACGCUGCUAGUGAGGUGACUGGUGGGGCGUCUGCCCUUGACGAGCCUCAGAAAUACCCUUCUGCCAGGUACACUGCUAGUGAGGCAUCUGUGCUUGAGGCGCCUCACAAACACCACUCUGCUAGAUACUGUGGUAGUGGGGCGAGUGGGGUGGAUGGGACAAGUGGGGCGUCUGUUUUUCUUGAGGCGCCUCACAACCACCACUCUGCCAGGUACACCACUCUGCCACUCUGUUUUUCUGGCCUUGAGGCAGAACCAGUUGUACGAACGAGUAUGCAGCCAGGCAUGCAGUCAAGAGAAGUGAAGGAAGGAGGUGGAGAAGCAGAGGGCGCAUUAGCAGCUGGGGGAGUGGUGGAAGCAGAGGGGACAGGAGGAGCUGCUUGUGCUGCUCACAUUGCUGCUGGCACUGCCGCUGGCAUUGCUGCUAGCGUGGAAGCAGGCCGGUCAAGAGUGCCCGCUGCGUCAGAGACAACCCAGCAGGAUGGGCACGGCACGGAACAAGGGAAAAUUCCUAGGACAGGAUCAGCGUUGGAGUUUGGGCUUCUGAGGGGGCUUGGUAGUGAGAGGAGGAGUGUCGCGGGAGGGGCAGAGGGAGUGGGAGGGAGAGGAGGGGAGGGCGGAGGAGAGAGAGAAAGGGAGGGUGGGGGAGAGGGAUGCGGGGAGAGAGGGGGAGAAAGAGGGGGGACGGAAGGGAGAGGGACGUGGGGAGGCGUGGGCCCGUCCACCCCCACCACCCCUCCCACAGCAGCUCGGCCAAGCUUUGAUGCUGACGCCCCUGCCUGGCGAGCGCGGCCCAGCUUUGAAGUGCCGCAGAGCAAGGCGAGGCGAGGCAUGGCAGGGGCCCACACCCCUGGGAGAGACACCACUGGUAGACCCACAGCAGCAGGAGCAGCAGCAGGAGGAGCCGCAGCAGCAGCAGGGGGAGCAGCAGGAGGAGCAGAGGAGGAGGAGCGGCAGGGGGAGGGGCGAUGCCGACAGGCCAGCCGCUGGCAGGGCUGCAUAUCCUGCAUUGAGAGGGGGAGGAGGGGAGCAGCUGCAGCGGCAGCAGCUGAAGAAGCUGAAGCAGGAGGCGGGGGAGGAGGUGGUUUUGGGGAAGGGUGGGAGGCAGCAGGUGUGCAGCAGGGUCGGAGCUCUGAGGCCAUUGAGUCACAGCUCGCAGAGAGGGGAGAGGAGAGACCCAGGUCGUCCUUUUCCAACCCGUUUGACCCAGCAGGGACAGCUGUAGCAGCAUCGGCUGUUGCAGCGUCAGUUGUAGCAGCGUCAUCUGCAGCAGCGAAUUGUGGCAGUGAUGUGGUGGCUACAGCUGGGGUGGAUGGGUGCAAGGGCAGUGGGAUGGGUGGAGUAGGGGAUGCAGCAGCAGCAGCAGCAGCGGAUCCCUUCGACAUUGUGCUCAUGGACUGCCAGAUGCCAGUGAUGGAUGGGUAUACGGCCACGAGGACCAUUCGUGCCGCAGAGAGGGGCACGGGGCGCCACACUGUCAUCUGUGCACUCACUGCUCAUGCACUCGCCAGUGACGAGGCCAAGUGCAGGCAGGCAGGAAUGGAUGGGUACCUCACAAAGCCAAUCAACAUACGCUUGCUGGUGGACACUGUUCAGCGGCUGGAAUCUCCUUCGGAAGUCUUGGAAAGGAGCGCACGAGCAGGAGGAAGAAACGAGGAAUUUAAACAGCUGACCGCUUCGGAAGAGAAGCUAGAGGGAGAGGAGGAGGAAGAAGUGAGGGACGAGAAGGACGAAGAAGGCAGGGAGGGCAAGGAGGGCGAGCGGGACGAGAAGCAGCCUGCUGCCGACCGAUACGCAGUCAGCCGGUCCAUGCCUCGGAAGCAGCAUGAUUGGAUCUUUUCUGUUGGAUCUCCUAACGUCUCCUCCCCCAGCAGCAGCAGCAGUGGCCUCAAUCGCCCACCUCCCGCACAGCUGACCCUUGCUGUGGCCGCUUCUGCUGCUGCUGCUUGCGCCGCUGCUCUCAUGCUGCUGCACUCUCGGUUCGCCCAGACAGCACUUGAGCGUGCAGGGAAGCGUGCCGUGGGGCGUGCAGAAGGGCGUGAUGAGGAGGAACGUGCAGAGGAGAAAGGCGAGCGUACAGGGAAGCGUGCAGGGAAGCGUGCAGACACACAAGAAGGCAGAUUACGGGGGAGUGAGGAGAUGUUUGAGGCGCCUCAAAAAUCACUUGAGCGUGCAGGGAAGCGUGCUGAGGGCGUGCAGAAGGGCGUGAUGAGGAGCGUGCAGAGGAGAAAGGCGAGCGUACAGGGAAGCGUGCAGGGAAGCGUGCAGACACACAAGAAGGCAGAUUACGGGGGAGUGAGGAGAUGUUUGAGGCGCCUCAAAAAUCACUUGAGCGUGCAGGGAAGCGUGCCGAGGGGCGUGCAGAAGGGCGUGAUGAGGAGCGUGCAGAGGAGAAAGGCGAGCGUACAGGGAAGCGUGCAGAGGAGGCAGGCGAUCGUACAGGGAAGCGUGCAGAGGAGGCAGGCGAGCGUGCAGGGAAGCGUGCAGACACACAACAAGGCAGAUUACGGGGGAGAGAGGGGAUGGCGGGAGAUGCGGCAAGAGGAACCUGAUGGAGGGAGGGUGGAAGCGAGAUCAGGGAAGACGAAGGAAGGCCCGGAAACUCUUACAGCUGGUGUGGAGAGAGUAGGGGAGCCAGUUGGGGGGAGUGGUGGGGAGACCGCUGGGAGCGAGAAUGAACUGGAGGGUUUAACUGGAAGGGGGAGCGAUGAGCUAGGCACAGAAGGUAGUGCUGAGGAGAUGGAGGGGAUUCAAACCGACGGGAGCGAAAGGAGUGAGAGAGAGUGGCUUGGCCCAGCUGUGGCUGGAGGGGCAGAGAGCAGGGAGCAGGUGGGGGGACGACAGGGGGAAGGGGAAAGGAGCGGAUGGGCGGAGGGACGAGGCGAGAGUGGGGUUUGGAGAGAAGAGGGUAAAGAUGCAGUGGAUGGGCGUGAGGAUAUGAGGCGGAGAGGUAGUGGUGAUGGGGAUGAGGAAGGGGAUGAGGGGAAGGGUGAGGGGAGAGAUAAGGGAGACCUGCCAGGGGACUUGGAAGAAGAUGAACUGCUCAAGUUACUGCAAGCUCAAGCCAUUAGCGAUUGGAGCAACCAGAUCGUGCUGCAGGGCUUUAACUGGGAGUCACACGGUCAACCCCAGGGCUGGUGGCGGCACCUAGCCUCCCUCGGGCCUGCCAUUGCUGCUGCUGGCUUCACGGCUGUCUGGCUACCCCCCGCCUCUUCGUCCCUUGCCCCACAAGGCUACCUGCCCAAGGACCUCUACCACCUAUCAUCAGCAUACGCCUCCGAGGCAGAUCUCCGCACCCUCUUUGCUGCUCUCAGGGCCGCCCAGCCCAGCACUGCGGACCUCUACCACCUGGCAUCAGCAUACGGCUCCGAGUCAUUCUUCAUUAUCCCUCUUGCCCUCCCCCACUCGCUCUCUUCCCUCCCCUUUCUCCCCCCAACAGGCUACCUGCCUAAGGACCUCUACCACCUAUCAUCAGCAUACGGCUCAGAGGCAGAUCUCCGUGCUCUCAUUGCUGCGUUCAGGGCCGCCCAGCCCCACUCUGGAGUACCCUCAACGUCUGCUGCUAAUGGUGCUGCUGCUACUCCUGCUGCUGGGGAUGAUUCUGCUACUGUUGCUGCUGCUUCGUCCCCUUCAGCCCCUGCUGCGGGUGGUGCAGCGGUGACUGACAUGAAUCCGGACAGUGGGUUGGAUCAAGCAGCUGAUUGUGCACCUGGUACCACUACUGAUAGCUCUGCCAUGGGAUGUGCUGCCGCUGAUGGUGCUGCCACUGGUGGUGCUGGGAGCGCAGGGGGCGUGAGGGUGAUAGCAGACGUUGUGGUAAACCACCGGGUGGGAAGCCAGCUGGGGGAGGGCGGGCAGUGGACUCGCUUUGACGGCACCUCCAUGCCAUGGGACGAGAGUGCUGUCACCUGUGACUCUGGCGCAAGCAGAGGCAGUGUGUUUGAGGGGGUAUCCAAUCCAUAUCAGCCACUCUCAACCGCUUGGGACUUUUCCCUGUCAACCUCCACCCAUUUCCCCUCGGCAGGGCAACCCAGCAGUGGCAGUGUGUUUGAGGGGGUAUCCAACAUCGACCACUCUCAACCGUUCGUGCGCCGAGAUCUCACAGCAUGGCUGACGUGGCUCCAGGCCGAUGUGGGGUUCUCAGGGUUCCGCUUUGACUAUGGCAAGGGGUACAGCGCGGCCUAUGUGCGGGGGUAUGUGCGGGGGGCACGCCUGCGCUUGUGUGUGGGCGAGUACUGGGACACCUGCAAUUACAUCGGCCCACAAUACGACCUUGACUACGACCAGGACUCGCAUCGGGGGCGCAUAGUGGAGUGGAUUGAAGGGGCGGGCAGGCUGGCAGCAGCCUUCGACUUUACCACAAAAGCGGUUCUGCAGGAGGCAGUGAAAAGGAAGGAGUGGUGGCGGCUGAAGGACAAGGAAGGCCGCCCGCCAGGCGUGAUGGGUCUGCUGCCCUCUCAUGCCGUCACAUUUGUCGACAACCAUGACACCGGCUCCACUCAGGGCUAUGCCUACGUCCUCACACAUCCGGGCAUCCCAUCAGUGUUUUAUGACCAUUUCUUUGACUGGGGCGUGGAUCUCAAGAUCCAAAUUCAGCAGCUGAGCAUUCUCGUCUUCUGUGCCCUGGAAGAGCUCCAUCUGGGCGUGAACAGUGUGGAUGUUUCAGACCCAGUACCAUCAGUGGACGGCACUGCUUCCGUCUGCAUCGCUCGCACGCGCCUCCCGGCUCGGCCACGCCUGAGGGGCGUGUCUCGUGGCUUCCACGUGCUCAGAGUCACGGCCACCAUUCCUGCAGGGAUCAUGCCACGUGGCGCUUUUGCCAGCGGCCCCAAGUUUGAGUUCUGCGUGCACUGGAAUGCCUCGCAACCCCUGGGGGAGUGCCCAAGGGGGGCGUGGCGAGCAGUGGACAGAAAGGGGCGGUGGGUGGUGCUGCGGUCACCUUUCGAGGGCGCGUUCAUUGAUGUGAAACGAGAGGGCGGGGUCAUUGGGGACCAUGACGUCAGCAUUAAAGUAGACGAAGACUUGGAGCCUCACCGGGCGGUGUUCUUUGUCCUGGGGUUCCUGCUCAUGCUGCUGGCGGGUCAUCUGAGCUCUAUGGUAGCGUUUUACUACGGAGGGGGCAUGACGCUGGGCGUGCUUCUCGUGGUCAUCGUCAUUCUCUACCAGGUCAUGCGGUUGCUUCCCCUGGGUCGCAAGAGCAGCCUUCAGAUCCUCCUAUAUGGCUCCCUUGUACGUACGGGGUGGCAGGCAUGCAUGUGGUGGUGUUUUGUGCUUGUACUGGUGGUGCUUAUAGGAGCAGCGCUGGGCUUCUGGGUGGUGCGGAAAUUCAUCCUCUCGCCCACAGGCGAGCUGGACCCCCCUACAGUGUCCUUCGUUAAGUGGGGGCUCCGAAUAAUUGCAGCUACUCUGCUUAUAAUGCCCCACCCUCCGUUCUCCAGUCUCAUUCCUAAACCCCACCCUCCUACCCCCAUUCCCUUCCCUCACCUUCUCCCGUUCCCCCUCUUCGUCCGACUCGCACCCCCGCAGAGAGAGCAAGCAGCAGAGCAGGAAGGAGAUAUGGGGGGUGCGUUCUCUCCCCCCCAGCAAUUCGGCACUCCCCCUCAGGGCCCGAUGGGAGCAGUAGGGGAGGGCAGGGUUGACCCUCUUCCCUCUCACGCGCUUCCUCUUGCUCUUCUCUCCUCUCGUGUCCUCUCCUCUCCCUCCUCUCCCUUCCUCCCCACAGGCACACCUCGCACCCCCCCUCCCCUCCUCCCGUCUCGCCCGUGCGGUGUGCCCGUGCGGUAUGCCCGUGCGGUGCGCCCGUGCGGUGCGCCCCUCUUCCUUUCACCGCACGCCCGUGCGGUGUGCCCCUCUUCCUUUCACCGCACGCCCCGCCGCCGCCACCUCACCCCGGCACAGGAAGCAGCCAUCUCACACCAGUGCACCCACUCUGCCCUGCAGCCUGCACACCUCGCACUUCCUCUACCCGCCUCCCCUCUCGCCCGCGCGGUUUGCCCCUCCUCAUUCCACCGCACACCCCACCGCCGCCACCUCACCCCGGCACAGGCAGCAGCCAUCUCCCAUGAGUGCACCCACGCGGCCCUGCAGGAGCUGGCUUAUUCCCCCGGGUUCGGGCAGUGGGUGUUGCAUAACUUUGAUAGGAUAGCGAUUACUCCGAGGAUACUGAGGGAGGAGCGGGGUGAAGCAGAGAUUGCUGCCACGGCUGAGAUGGAGGAGGGGUUUGAGGAAGAGGAAGACAGGUAG